AUGUUGGGAGCGAUUCGUUUUGCACGGCAUCUGUCGACGAAGGCGGAGAGACCUUUAUUUAGAUUAAACGAAAAGAAUCCGUUUGUAGCUGUUCCACAAGCUUGGGUAACCAAGUUGAACGAUGUGAAUGCGGAGUUCUCCGAGAUCAUCGAGCUACAUCCAGGUAGUCGUUUUUUGCGUUUUAGGAGAUGGGUUUGAUGUUAAACAUUUGAGUAGAGUCAAGUUUUGAUUAUGUAUUUAAAUUUGGUGUAUCGUUAUUAGGUUUAAUAUGUGGUUUUUAAGUUUUGUGUUAGAUUUUAUUAACCUCUGGGGACAGUUUACAAAAAUUAUUUUAGAAUAUUAAUUUAUCUAACUUUUAAAGUUAAUUAAGUUUUGUUUAAGAUGUGUUCCGAGUUACUCCACGGCUUGACUUUAUCCAUAAGAAUGUGGUAUGGCAAACUAACUACAAAAAUCUUCAACUGACAAAAAUGUUGAACAAGGCAGAGAUGCCUGGAGGUGGACGUAAACCAUGGCCUCAGAAGCGUAUGGGGCGACAUCAUGCUGGUUCAAUUAGGUCUCCUCAUUUUUCUCGAGGAGGUUUUGCUCACGGAGUUCGGGGACCAAGAACCUGGUUUUAUAUGUUGUCAGAUGCUGAGAGAAUUAAUGGGCUAACGUCAACAUUGACAGUAAAACAUGCACAAGAUGAUUUGGUAGUAGCGGACACAUUUGAUGAGAUUCCAAGUGCUGAACCACAAGUAAGAGCUUGAUUUUUGUUGGUUUUUAGAUAACAAACAGAUAAAGUUGGCUGAAUCGUAGAAGUUUUACUGAAAAAGGCUAUAAAUAUUGUGUAUUAUAAUUUGUUUUUGCAUUUUUAAAUAUAUUCGGUAGCUUUAUAUUAUAUUUUACAAAUAUAUCAAUAAACUUGUUAUUUAUCAUAUUUCAGUUCUUGCAUGAUCUGGCAGAAGAGCGCAACUGGGGAUAUUCGGUGUUGUUUGUAGCAGAAGACUUUGAAACGUCGUCGAAUCUGGUCGAUGCAGUUGAACAAAUCCCUACAUUCAAUGUUAUGCCAUACUUUAGUAUCAAUCCUUACUCUAUGAUGAAAUACGAAACAAUAGUGUUUACAAAAGAUGCUUUACUGAAGUUAGAAGACACACUUUUGAAGAGGCUACAUUCUCCAAAGACACUACAAACUGUGUACGAAUACAGGAAACUAAAGAAGACUCUUUUGGAUGAGAGCGCACAUGAAGAAGAUCCCAAAUAUACACCAUUUGUUUAG